UCAAAAGCGUGGGCGAUCCAAGCCGUCUUCAGAUUCGUCGCAUUGUUUUGUAUGUGACGGUAAAAACAGUCACAUGUAACAACAAACCGAGAAGGCAUGUGUAGGCCUAGAUAUUGGGUGUACCGAUCUGAGAAUCACGGGGACAAGAAGCAAAGGGAACUGAGGAGAAAGUAUGAGGGGGACGGGAGAGCAGCCUAAUCACAUGUAGGUUAUGUAACACCACGGUUUUAUCACCAGAAGGGCGUAAUUCGUUCUCUGGGACCAAAUUGAUAGUCAGCAUAUCAGCGCCUGGGUUCACGGAAUAAAAAGCACAAGGCGUAUAUGUCUGUUAGAGAAGUGAGGGUUGUCAGUAUGUAUACAUACAAGGCCUGAGAUCCCCGACCCACGUCUUCUCCGGUGCUGGUGGUGUAUAGUCAGUGCGUAUAUGGGUCUCCUCUAUUAACCUCUACAAGAAUGUCGUGUCGUUUUUACAGCAGUAUACUUCGUUAAACAAUGACAUUGUGUAAACACGACGGAGUUGAGGCGAGCACGCCUCCCGUGUUCUGACUUCAGCACCGUCUUCCUGUCAAUGUGUUACAGCCUCAUCAGCACAGGUUUGUCAAUGUGAUGGCUGGUGGGCUGUGCCUGGUCACUGUGCUUCUUGUGACCCUGGGAGCUAAUGCGGUGUCCGGUGUCACAAUCCCGGCAGUACCCGGAUCAACCAUCACACUCAGCUGUAACAAGAUACCCUCCACAAAUCUUAUCUGGGAACACUGGGACAGUAAGCGGAUCAUCAUCCGAAGUGGUGUCGUCACGAACUCCGUCACGUCAUCAAAGUAUGUGGUUACACAGAGACAGGACAGCGAAUCAGUUGCCGUCAGCUCCGUGACGUUGUCGGAUGACGGACAGUACCGCUGUUACUAUUCUACCAGCCCUGCCGACGCCCAAGUAAUGAAUAUUAAUGUACUAGUGAGACCACAGACAGUGUAUGCGUCUGGCCCCACAGACCCGGUCAGUCAGGCAACCAUUCAGAUUCUGACGUGUGAGGUGAAAGUGGCGAAACCUCUGCCGGAAGUGAAGUGGAUUCGUAAAGAUUACGGCGGCAACUUCACCGAGUUUGCGGGAACCAAUCAGGACUGGUAUUUUCAGAACAAAACCGGAAGUCGUGUGAACACUCUCAGGGUCAAUGUGACGCGAAAAGCGUACAAAGCUGUGUUUAUUUGUCAAGCCGCAAUUUCGUAUUUCUACACCAUCCAGUUUAACGUUACGCUGGAUGUUUUCUGUAAGAUCACCCCCUUACAAACACUUUCAACAAAUUACAGUUUCUUUGUAACUAUUGCAUUAGACAUUUCCCAUUGAUGGAUAAGUCUGAUUGGUGCUUGAUUACAUGGGCAUUUCUUACUGUAACAACACAUAGCAAAAGAGACAGACGCUAUAAUUUAAUGGCGUAUAUCAUACGGAAAAAAGUAACCAACAGAAAUGUAUUUCAGGACAAAGGGGAAGAAAUAAGAGAGUGAGGCCUGCCAGAAACGACAUACAAAAUGAAAAACGCAGAAAUUAUAAAUGGUGCAAUUUGAAAAUGAAACAUCAUUCUGACGUCACAUAGAUAUAAUACGCUGCAGCCAUUUGCAUUUCGCUACAUUUCACUGAAUUUACAAGAAGGUGACCACUUUCACAAACCUGCGUAAAUCUUAAACUUAAACAUUUUUAAUAACUUUUCUCCUA